CCAGUUUUCAUUCUCGGCGGCUCUAUGCAAAAUGAGCGGUAGCUGUGGUAUUAUAGAUCCGGACACGCCUCCGCCCAAGGCCAUCUCCUACAAGAAUCGGCGGGCCGGCAAAGGGGAGGCGUAUGAGCCGACGUCACAUGAACACGUGGCAAAUACGGUAUCACACGCGAUCGGUAUAGGACCCACAAUUCUCGUCUUCUACUAUUUCAUGUGCGCCUACGCUCAUCGAGACCUUCAGCACAUUUUGAUGAUUAUCUAUGGAAUUUUUACCACUCUAUUGUUCACUUCCAGCACGGUUUACCACUUUUGCGAGCUUCUAUUCCGCCAGCAGAAUAAACACCGAAAACUUCGUUAUUACCUGCACAUUUGCGAUCGGGCGGCCAUUUACCUGUUCAUUGCGGCCUCAUACACACCCUGGCUCACACUUCGUCACUGCGGUCUUCCGGGCCUAAAUCUCAAAUGGAUGAUUUGGGUAUUUGCGAUUCUUGGAAUUCUCUAUCAAUACAAUUUUCACGAACGCUACAAAACUCUGGAAACAAUAUUAUACAUUCUGAUCGCUGCGGGACCAUCAGUGGCGAUAUUCACGAUGAACGAUCGAACGGGUCUCGAGUGGAUGAUGACGGGCGGUAUGAUGUAUGCCGUCGGCGUGUUUUUCUUCAAAUUGGACGGAAUUGUCGCGUUUGCGCACGCGAUUUGGCAUCUUUUUGUGCUACUCGGUGCCUCCUGCCACACGUACGCCGUCUACGCUUUUCUCUUAGGCCCCGACAAGAACAAUCCGGUGCCAGAUAUUUAGGAUUUUUAGAGAUUUUUUUUUCUAAUAGCCCCUCCUCUAGGUAUUUUGCAUUUAAAUAUUUGAAUUUCUCACUCACUCACUCACCGAAACUCGAAAAUUAUCGAUCGAUUUAUUGAUUUUUCUUGUAAAAUGGUCUCAUUUUUGCUAAUUUUGCCAUAAAUGUUUACAGUAC